AUGGGCACUAAGGUGCAUCUGAGUACAGCUUAUCAUCCGCACACAGAUGGUCAGUCAGAGAGGACUAUUCAGACCUUGGAGGAUUUGCUGAGGAUGUGUGUGUUGGAUUGGGGUGGCCAUUGGGCAGAUCACCUGAGCUUAGUUGAGUUUGCAUACAACAACAGCUUUCAGGCGAGUAUUGGCAUGGCUCCAUUUGAGGCUUUGUAUGGGAGGCCAUGUAGGACACCCCUAUGCUGGACCCAAGUGGGGGAGCGCAGCAUGUAUGGAGCUACUUAUGUUCAGGAGACGACAGAGAAGGUUCGUGUUGUGAGGCUGAACAUGAAGGAGGCUCAGGAUAGGCAGAAGAGUUAUGCAGAUAGACGCAGACGAGAGCUUGAGUUUCAGGUUGGAGAUAGAGUUUAUCUCAAGAUGGCUAUGUUGAGGGGUCCUAACAGAUCCAUAGCAGAGAACAAGCUGAGUCCGCGUUUUAUGGGUCCGUUUCCAGUAGUGGAGCGAGUUGGGCCAUUGGCUUACAGGCUGGAGUUGCCUGAGAUUAUGAGAGCCUUUCACAAGGUGUUUCAUGUGUCGAUGCUGAGGAAAUGUCUUUAG